CAGACAACCCGCUUAUGGACAGUCUCCAGUCGCUGUCCUCGGACUCGGCCACCCUGGCCAUGCAGCAGGCAAUGCUGGGAGCAGACGACUCCAUGGACGGCACCGAGGAGGAGGAGGAGGAAGAGGAGGAGGAAGAGGAGGAAGGAAUGGAAGAGGAAGAAGAAGAGGAGGAGGACGGAGAUGGAGAGGAGAAUGAGAGGGGAAGGCAAAUGUCCAGCGGGGGAGGGGGACAGAGAGACCUGCGCAUGGAGCACAGAGAGGAUUUAGAGUAGUGGUCUAAAGGAAGAGACUUUAAUCCAUAGUCCUCUCAGACUCAUCACAGCCAACAUGGACGGCUCUGAUGCUGAGUGACUGAGAGAACCAUGAGUGUUUUUCCAUCAGAGACUCCAUGGAGCCUAUUCACACUGACCAUCACAGCUACAGAGGACUAAUAUGAGUUUAAUGACAAAUGUGUGUUGUUCCGUUUUAUUAUCGUAUGUUCUAAUGCAGUGAGCCCCUGAAAUAUUUGGAUACACUGAAAAAACUGAAACGUUGACCUUAAUGAAAUGUAUUAUGUCAACAGAUUUCACAUAAC